AAUAUUAUUUUAGCAAAUUUUAAUUAGUUUAAUAUUUUACGUAGUUUGGUCGGUAUGAGUUGAAAUAUACAUUUUUAUAUAUACACACGCACACGCACGCAUUUAAUCAAGCUAUUGGGACUCGUCGGCUGCUUAAUAGCGUGACAGCGCAAUCAGUUUAAGUUGUUUAGUUAAAUUCGUUUGGCUAAUUUAGUGACGGGAAAUUUUAAACGAAACGUUUGUGUGCGCUCGUUAAGCCCGACAAUACAAACAAAAUGUGGGAAAAAAUAAAAACUUGGAUUCUUAUAACAUUUUUGGGUCUUGUCUUCAUUGCAAGUGGAUUAAUUAUAAAUGCAGUUCAGGCAUGUAUAUAUCUAACAAUUCGUAAAGUAAAUAAAGAUCUUUAUAGAAGAAUAAACUACUAUUUGAUCUAUUCAUCCUGGUCUCAAAUUGUGGCAUUAACAGAAUGGUGGUCUGGUACAACUUGUCGUUUAAUAGCAGCUGAUGAAGACACCCUGAAAAAUUUUUCUAAAGAGCAUGCUCUUGUUGUAAUGAAUCACAAGUAUGAUGUUGAUUGGUUAAUGUGCUGGUUAAUAUGUGAUAAACUGAAUAUGUUAGGGAGUGCCAAGACAUUUUCAAAAAGCUCUCUGAGAAAAAUUCCUGUAAUCGGAUGGAGUUGGAUAUUUGCAGACAUGAUCUUCCUUGAGCGAAAUUGGGAAAGAGAUUCUCUUGUUUUAGGACAGAAACUUGAUGAAUUGAUGAAAUACAAAGAGACAGUUUUAAUACUAUUAUUUUGUGAAGGAACAAGAUUUACACCAGAAAAACACAAAGCAAGCAUGGAAUAUGCUCGUCAAAAGAACUUGACUGAAUUGAAAUAUCAUUUGCUUCCAAGAACUAAAGGAUUUAAUUAUUGUGUUCAGCAUUUAAAGAAUAAAAGUAAGAUUGUAUUAUUAUGUAGUUAAAAUUGCCAUUUUACA